GUUUUAUAUUAGGUCCCAAAUCUGAUUCCAGUUCUGAUAUUUAAAUUGGGAAGACCUUUGGAGCCUGCACUUUACAGGGAUAUAUUGUAUACGUUGCCUACACUGGGUGUACACAAGGUUUGUGUAGCUCAGAUUCUACGCGCCAUACACAUGCUGGGGAGCACACCAAAGCUUAGAGCAAUUACUUUGCGGCUGAUGACAUCCUUAUGGGAAAGACAGGAUCGAAUUUACCCAGAAUUGCAGAAGUUCUUGGCAAUGUCCGAUAUGCCCUCUUUGUCUGUUGACAAAGAUGCUCAAUGGGAAAACAUGAUUGCUAAAGCUGCUUGUAUAAGAGAUAUAUGUAGGCAGAGACCAUACCAGCAUGGAGCGGACAUGUUGGCUGCAAUUUCCCAGAUACUAAAUGAAUGCACAAAACCUGAUCAAGCUUCGCCUGCUGCCCUAGCGUUACAGGGUCUUAAGGCACUUUGUGAGGCUGAGGUUGUUUGCAUCCGUUCUACAUGGAAGGCUCUGUCACCCAAGCUGAGCUGUGAUACAAGACCCCUCAUUUUAAAAACACUGAAUGAAUUGUUUGCCCUGGUUCCCUCGUUAACAGUGAAUACAAACGAAUAUGAGAAAUUCAAAGCUCAAGCUCUCAGCUUCCUUUGGAACAACACACAAAACAAGGAUGCCAUUGUAGCCAUUUCAGCCUAUAAAUCACUGUCAUCAUUUGGCUCUGAAGAACAUACAAUUCUUCAUCUUCCUGAACAGGCACGACCAGAGAUUGACCCACUGGAGGAGGCAGACAUGAAAGAAAAUGAAGAAGAGGAGAAGGAGCUGGAUCUUGUUGUUCCGGGUUCUUCAUAUAUCAAGCUGUUGACUCUAACGCCAGCUUCUGUUUUAGGAGCAUUCCAAGAGUUUGCAGGAUCACUUGUGAAACAGGAGAUGACCAACAUGCCCCGUGGUGUGUAUCAUUCUGCCUUGAGAGGAGGGACCACACGCUCAGAUCAGGGAAAGACCAUGGCAGGUGUUCCAAACUUCUUGCUGAAAAUGUAUGAGAGGAACAAACAACCAGGCAUGACACCAGGCCUUGCAGCUGGCAUGUUGUUGUGUUACGACCUUCCGGUCCAUAUGGGCAAAGAUGGCAAGCCUAUUAAACGAUUCCUGGCCAGCAGGGGGCGCAAUUUCCAGCAAAUGUUGGUAGCUCUCAUUCAUGAGGUUAACAUUCAGCCUUCUGAAUGGCACCGCUCCAUACUGCUGCCACAGUCCUGGUUAGGAUUUAUGAGUCGAACCUACAGUGCAGUCCUGCAGGGGAGGCAGGCAGAGCUGGAGAUGCAGUUAAAACAUGGAAAAGAGGAUCCUGAAGAGGUGCAGUACAAACAAUUUACAGCCUGGCUCUGGGUCAGAGAUAUGUUGACUGAUGUCAUCAAAGGUGCUUCCAAAGACAGCCCAGUGGUGAAAGGAAACUCUAUUUUUGCCUUAACUGGUCUUGCGGUUGCUGUAGCCAAGUAUGAAAGCAGCCUUUCCUCAGACACUGAAGGGAUGCCUGAGACUGAACCUGAUUUUCUUCCCAUGAAACACUGGAUAUCUAUGGUCACAGAGACCCUCUUUAGUAUUGUGAAUAGCCGCUAUCGCCCUAAAGGUCAAGUUUUCCCAUGGUUCUACCAGAAAUCCUAUUCGGGUGAAAAUACUGCUAGUAUUAUAGCUCGUUCCUGCGCGGCCACUGCAUUGUCUCUCCUGGUGCCGGUUUUCAUUUUGUCAUGCAAGGAGAAGGUUGAGGAGGUCCUGAUUAUGCUGACUGACAGGUUACCUGGGAAACCAAAUGCUGAUGAGUCUCAAGCUGUUCAAAUCCACAUGGGCCUUGGUUUGGGGAUGUUUAUCUCACGUUUGCAUGAAGAAAAAGUUAG